UAAAUUCCCAAAAAAUUUGCUACUUUUUUAUGGAAAGAUUUUUUCUUCCCUCUCUCUCAAAGUGAAAAUAAAAAUAAAAAUGUUAUCUUCAUUACAAGGAUGUAAUGGUUUUUUGCAGCUUGUUGAUCAUCAGAAGAAUGAAAAAUCAAAUACAACAAAGAAAAGUAAAUCAAAAGAUGCAGCUGUAACACAUGCUGUGGCUGAACGUAAACGUAGAGAAAGAAUCAAUUCUCAUCUUCAUACUCUCAAGAAACUCUUUCCUUAUCUCCCUAAAAAGGACAAGCCAAGAGUGUUAACAGAAGCAGUCACUCAACUAAAGGAACUAAGGAAGAACGUUGCACAACAACUAGAGUUGUCAUCUUUAUUCAUACCUAGUGAAAAUGAUGUAGUUAUUAUAAAUUAUUGUGACAAUAUUAAUGAAGAACGAACCAUCAAAGCUACGAUUUGUUGUGAGGACAGACCGAGUCUGAACCGGGACUUAUCGUCUGCAAUUCGAUCAGUUCAAGGACGGGUGAUCAAGGCAGAGAUGGCCACGGUCGGGGGGCGGACCAAGGCGGAGUUGGUGGUGGUGUUGGGCAAGGCAAAUGGUGGAGAAAAAGAUAUUGGACAACUUAAACGGGCUUUAAAGGCCGUUGUGGAAAAAAGGGAUUUGGGCUUUGGAAGUAAUGUGAUGUUGGGCCGAAGAUUUGGGUGAAGAUAAAUGGGCUUUAAAAAGGAUCUUAACGACGAUGGCUAUUAUAUAGUAGGUGUAUAUUAUGUAUAUACACUUUUAAGUCUUGGUUAGUGUUUUGUGGAAAUAUGUGAUUUGAAAUGUUAACAAGGUUUGUUAGAGUUUGUUUAUUUAUUUAUCAUAUGUUAUGCUUGUACUCACAUCAUUUAA